GUUCCCCAGCCUGCCACUAAAGACGACAUCGCCUCCCCUAUCACACCCAUUGCCUCCAAUGGAAACCCUCCAGGGAUGACUAUUGACAAAUCUUCUGAACAUGCACCCUUCCCUCCAGCAAAUUCCCAAACCACUCCUGCCAUUAUGCCGAAUCGCAAUGCCUGGACUAUGGAUGAUGCCACUCGCAACCGACUCUUGAAGAAAUAUAAAACCCAGGUGGCCUCGGCGACGUCGACUGUGUGUGCGACGCUGGCGGUGACCCCUCUGGAGAAUGUCAAAACGCGCAUGCAAACACACAACUUUAGGAAUAUUUUCCAGUGUAUCCGCUACUUGUGGCGCACCGAGGGCCCUCGUGGAUACGUGGCGGGUGCCCUUCCACCUCUGGCGAGUGUCACAGCCGUCCGAGUAGUCAACUUCACGACAUACAAUGCCGCCAAACAUGCCAUUUCCGAUUCCAUCCAGCGCAUUACGGGCGAAUCCCCGCUGGAUGAGUACAAUAAACCGGGUAGCACCCCGACGGCGACGAUGCUCUUGACUUUUACCGGUGCGGGUCUGUUGGCGGGCCUGGUGACUUCACCGCUUGCGUGCCCGUUUGAACUGGCCAAGAAUGUCGUUCAGACUUCUGUCUUGGUGUCCAAUCGCGCUCAAGCUGCCCCGGAUGCCGCCCGGGAUCUCUCACUGCGCCGCAAGCCCCGUCUCGGCACCAUCGAGGCGAUCCGACAAAUCAUUAAGCGUCACGGCUUUCGAGGUCUGUACACCGGCUUCCGUCUGCAUGCCAUGCGCGACACGGUGGGCUCGGCGCUGUACUUCAGCGUGUAUGAAACCGUGAAGCAGAUGGCCGCUAGGGAGCUGGGGUCGGAUAAGUCCCCGUUUGGGGCGCCUAUGAUUGCCGGCGCUAUCUGUAGCACUGUCCCUUGGUUCUGUACCUAUCCCUUGGACACACGCAAGACCCGUGCGCAGAGUGUCCUCCUUGGCAAGUCCAAGGAGAUUGGCGAGGCCUCGGUAGCCGUGGCCAAGUCUAGCAUGUAUAAAGGGCUGUCCAUUAUUCUCAUCCGGACCGGAGUCAACAACAUGAUUUUACUCAGCAUCUUUGAAUACAUUAAGAUGCGGAUCAAUGAACUGCCAGACUAA